AUGGAGCUUAACACGGCACAGUCUCUACUGUUACUUGGAGCAGCAGGUACGGGUAAAACGUAUCUAUUGAAACAAAUUGUCCAAGCACUGAAAAGUGAAGGCAAAUCUGUGGCACUUACUGCCACAACUAGAAUUGCCUGUUGUUUAUAUGACGAUGCAUCAACAAUUCAUAGGUGGUCAGGCAUUAGUGACGGUCGGCACGAUGUAUCGGAAAUAAGAAAGGUGAUAGAAAAUAAUGUUCAGUUCGUUGAAGUGAGAAAAAGAAUAACCCAGACUGAUGUUUUAGUGACUGAUGAAUGCUCAAUGUUGAGCAAAAGACUGUUUGAAUAUCUUGAUGAAGUGUGCAAAUUGAAGGACCAAAAGCAUUCCUUUGGUGGUAUUCAGUUGGUACUAUCCGGUGACUUUACUCAACUGCCACCAGUUCCCAACCAGUUAUAUGGAGAAGAAGGUGAAUUUUGUUUUGAGAGUAAACUGUUUGAAAAUAUCUUGCCACACAGGGUCACACUGACUGAAGUAAGACGCCAAUCAGAAAAAGAUCUAAUAAAAGCCAUACAUGAGGUUGCGAAUGGAAAUGUGACUAAAGAAACUGAAACUUUUAUUCAUGGAUUAAGCCGACCUUUGCCUUGUGAUACUGAAUCUAUUACAUUAUUUGCUAGAAAUGAGCAAGUUGAUGAAUACAACCGGAAUAGAAUUAUUGAAUUUCCUGGACAGUUUGAAUUCCAGUCUUCAGAUGAAGGUGAUCAGAAGCAUCUUAACAAAAUAUUAGCUCCUAAAACACUUCGGCUUAAAAAGGGUGCACUAGUUAUAUUGCUUCAUAACCUGUCGGAUAAACUGGUUAAUGGUCUGUGUGGUCACGUAUAUGAUAUCUGCGAAACAGGACCAGUAGUAGAAUUUAAAUUUCCUACUUUGAGCAUUAAAGUACAACUUGAAAAGUUGAGAUUUUCAGUUUUCAGUCCAUCAAGAAACACUGAUGUGGCCAUAAGACUUCAGUAUCCAGUAAAACUGAGCUUUGCUAUGAGCAUACACAAGUCACAAGGCUUAACACUGGAAAGUUUGGAAAUUGAUUGUCGCCAGAUCUUCAAGCCGGGAAAACUUGGCGUUGCUCUUGGUCGAGCUCCGGAAACAAAGGGUCUACUAGUGAUCAACUUUAAUGCAAAACAAAGCGUAAUCCCUCAGCCUGCUAGUGUCCUGAAUUUCCUGCAAAAAUUCAUCUGCUGA